AUCUUUUUUUUUAUUUUUAGUGGGGUGGAUAGAAAAAAAAAAGAAAUCUGUUUCCGCGCUUUCUAUUGAUAAGAAAAAAUAGAAAACAUCAAUUUAUUUCUAAUGAAUUUGUCUUUGGAAAUUAUAUUUUAUAUUGCUGUAGCAAUUGCAGCUCAUGUUCUUGUUUACAUCUUUGUUACAAAGAAAAAACAAAAAUCCAUAUUCGGUCGGCAUGUAGUUGUUACAGGUGGCUCCAAAGGAAUUGGCCUUUACAUUGCUGUGGAAUGUGCCAUGAAAGGUGCUAAUAUUACAUUGAUAGCUCGUGAUGAGAAAAUGUUAAAAGGAGCAGUUGUCCUUCUGGAAGUACUACGCCAAUCUCCGGAACAAAAAUUCAACUACAAAACAUUGGACAUAUCACAGAGUUAUGAAAAAAUUGCAGAAUGUCUUGCUGACAUCGAGAAAGAAUUUGGUCAUAUUUACAUGUUGGUAAACUGUGCGGGAAUGGCAAUUUGUGGUGUUUUUGAAGAGGUUUCUGUCGAAGACUCGAGAAAGUUAAUGGAAAUCAAUUAUUUUGGCACCUACAACUGUACUCGGUAUGUUUUGCCCAAAAUGAAAGCCGCUGGAGAGGGUAUUAUUGUAAUCACAGCUUCUCAGGCGGCUUUAUUUGGAAUAUACGGUUAUGGAGCUUAUACAGCUUCUAAAUAUGCUCUCCGUGGAAUGGCCGAAACAAUUGCAAUGGAAUCUCGUCAUUUAGGAGUAUCAGUUACAUUGGCAUUGCCUGCUGAUACUAAUACUCCUGGUUUUGAAAAUGAAGAAAAAACCAAACCAAAAGAAACGAAACUUAUAUCGGGAAGUGGAGGACUUGCUCAGCCUGAUGAUGUUGCAAAGCGUAUUGUUAACGAUGCCUUGAAAGGUUCAUUCAUUUCCAUAAUGGGCUUUGAAAGCUGGCUGGUGACACUUUUAUGCGGUGGAAUGUUGCCGUGGGGCGGUUUCUUUCAAAACAUAUUGCAUGCCUUAGUUCUAGGACCACUACGCAUUGUUGGAUGCUUUUUGCAAUGGCAUUUUGGCAGAAUCAUUCGGAAUUGUGCCAAGGAAAAAACAGACUAACAUUUUAAGUGUUUUUUAACGUCCUUAUAUAUUUAUAUUGCAUGAGCUAUGAAUGUUCGCUUUUAUAAUUAUUGUUUAAGAAUAACAAGCUGACUGUAAAUUUAGAAUUUUAUACAAAAUAUUAAUCUUAUUUCGAAUUAUUAUAGGCAAAAGCACUUAAGUAUAAAAUGCUCGCAUUGAGCACGACGAGUCACACUGUGGUGGCUGUGAGUUGAAAAAAUUUAAAAUAAUUCACACCAGGAGUGACAAGUGCUUAAGAUGAGCUAAUUUAUUUAAGAAAUAUUUAAUUAUUUGCUGUCAAUAACACAUAAAUUAUUUAAAAUCUGAAUACAUAUAUUUCUUGCAAUGCA